UUGUUUACAUUUGAUUUUGAACCAUAAUAUAUUUAGAAAUAAUAAAUUAUGAAUAAUAUUAUAAAACAGUUAGAAACUCUUUCGGAACAAGAACUUUAUUCCAACAUUGUUAAAGUUUGCGAUUUGGCUUUGACCAUUGGAGAACAGAAACCUGACACUUUUACAUUAUUAAUGAAAUUCCAGAUUACACUUUAUUAUGCUGAUGCUUUAUACAGUAUUCAGCAAUUCUUUCAAGCAGAAAAUUUGUAUCGGCAAGCACUACAGAUGAGAAAAAACAUACUUAUUAAAAAAAAUUCUAAUAAUAAAAUAACGGAGAAUCAGAAUGAAGUAGCUAGUGAUGUAGACAUCAAAUAUAAAAUACAUUUGUGUUGUUUAGCACUGAAGCAAAAAAAAGCUGCUGGAGAAAUUUUGCAAAUGGUUUCUGCUCGUUUACGUACGCCAAAAGUAAACAUGGCUUUAGGAAAUAUAUUUAAAGACUUAGGAAUGGAAAGAUCUGCAAUAGCGUGUUUUAAAGAAGUUCUCAGAGAUUGUCCAUUAGCCCUUGAAGCUGUGGAAAAUUUACUGAAAUUAGGAAUAAAAGGCGUGGAAGUAAAUUCGUUAAUGGUAGAAGUGUCAUCAGAAAUAACAUGGUUAAAUUCUUGGAUAAAAGCUCAGGCUCAAUUACAUUCUCGAGAUUUUGCAAAUGCAAUUAAAACAUACAAGAGCAUGGAUACACAUGGUUUGUUAAAAGACAACACAUCUCUUAUAGUCAAUAUGGGCUAUUGUUAUCAUUACAUGUGCGAAGAUCAGAGAGCUAUAUCAGUUUUACAAAAAGCAUUUCGGAUCGAUCCUUUCCUCACGGCAGGCAAAGAUCUGUUAUCAACUCUUUUAGCAGCUUCUGGAACCAAAGAUCAUAUUCGGACACUGGAAAGUUUAAUACCUACAAUGGAUAUGUCUUUAUGGAGUAGUGAACACUGGGUUAUUUUAGGAAACUAUAUGUUUGCUUUGAAGAAAUAUGACAAAGCUGCUUAUUUCGGACAACAAGCCUGUGUGUUGGAUCGAAGAAAUAUCGAGGCGCUUCUCUUGAAAGCAAAUACUCUGGUCCAAAUUAAAAAAUAUCAGGAUGCUGCUAGUCAUUGUACUGAGGCAUUACAAAUUUGCCCUUACAGGUACUUUCAAAGAGCCAGAGAAACUGGUAAAUUAAAGAAACACCGCGGAGGUCAUGCAUGGAGACCCCGACAACGUGAAAAUGUUCAAAUCGAAGAUCAAGUUUUACAUCUUAUCGAGGAAGACCCAACAAGAAGCACUCGGGAAAUUGCAAGACAGGUCGAAGUGAGUCAAACCAAGGCGCUACAACCUACCGAUCAUCCACGCAGAGUUCAAUUCUGUGAAUGGCUUUUACAAAAGCAUGCAGAUGAUGAACAUUUUACUAAAACCAUUUUAGCUAUGGACGAAGCACAAUUCACUCGUAACGGUAUAAAUACUUAA